UGUCCAUAUCAGUAGCGCGUUAUAUGUGGAAGGAUUUCACAGUGCUCCAAAUUCUCAAUUACUGUUGAAGCACAGUGAAUCAGUUUGACCGUAAAAACUGUUAUAAAUACAGUUGCCAAAAGUUUGACGAAGCUUAAAUUAACGUCUUUCCAUAAAUUUGAAAUUAAUCAAGAAUAUAAUAUAAGGUGAAGUGCGGAACAUCGCAAGAUCUAUCGUACGAUUGACACAAUAUCUAUAAAAACAUUAUACAGCGAAUUCAUAAAAUUUACGGGAGACAGCAUCGAGUACAAAGUGCAGUAAUAAUACGAUUAAGAUUUGCUAGACGCAAAAUGACAAAUAAAAUGUGCACAGUGCUGUCACUGAAUUUGCAAAUCUAAGCAGACUAUCGUUGUUACCUUCAUGGUUAAAAGUAGGUUUGAGGAGAAAAAUGCACAUCGGUACUAUUAUAUUAAUAGUUCUGAGUCUAACCAUUUCUUCAUUAACUGUAAUUCAUCAAGAACCUGUUUUCCCCAUCUGGCCAUUACUGACAUACUGGUCCGACGCAGAGGGUCAUAAGGAACUGGAGGUGUUGGGCACUGAGACUGAGAAAAUCAUAAACAUCAACAAUAAUAAUGCAAAAGGUGGAAUCGUCCGCGUUUGGGCUGGGAAAACUCUUAAUUUGAGAUGUCAUCCAAUGUCCCAUCAUUCCGCACAUCGUCAAUAUCAGUGGCACUUUUUGCCGUGUGGUCCAGGAUAUAAUCAACAAUCGUGCAAGAUUCUGAGGAGCAGUCUAACCAUCGACACAGAAUGGCAAGUCGUGCAGAGUCAAAGCCAGCUUGACGAAUUGAUUUUAGAUACACCGGCGGAAGAAGAUAGCGGCUUGUACAAAUGUAGUACCAUUAGAAAUGACGGUACUUUAAAGGUACUGAGGAUGUUUCAGUUGGAAAUAAUAGAUGGGACAGUUCACGCGCCGAAUAUCGUAGAAGGCCCGUUUAACGUGAGCGUCGCUUAUUACGGCAGAGAUCAGAAAAUCUCUCUUCAAUGCAGAGUGACAUCUAGUGUACAACCCAACAUCGUAUGGUUUCGAAAACUUAACACGGCACCGAGCACAAGAGAAGAAGAUGUAAUCAUCUACAGAGAUGCCGGGUGGAAAAUGUUGCCCAGCAAUCAGAUACACCUUGGUAAUCAAUUGUACUUAUCCAAGCUUAGUUUUGAUCAGCUCAGUUUGGACGAUUCCGGUUAUUACGCAUGUAUUGCAAUCAAUUACAAAGGUUGGACAAUGCAAGAGGCUCAGUUGAAAGUCUAUCUGCCUUUCAGUCCGAGUUCCGUUAACAACACAGGAAAGGUCGAGCAGUGGGUGGGAUUUAAAUUUUCCAGUCUUUUUUUAAUACCUGCCUGUUUAGCGUUGGUACCUGCUUCUGCUUGGCUUUGCUAUCUGUAUCACAAACCCCGGAACAAACAAAAUGUACCGUUUGUAAAUUGACUUUCUGUGAUCAGGCUUAGGAUAUUCUAAAUUUAGAAGGUUGAAAAUUAACAUGUUCCAACGUCUCUUCGUUAGACAAGACAUCUUCGAAAUUUAACAUUUGUGAAGUUAGAAAAAAAACUGGACUUUGACUAUAAAAUUGCGAAUAAUGACA